ACGUAAUCAUUGGGAAAAUAUCAGCAAUUUUGCAACAGUUUCGACACAACAACAACAAUAACAACAACAAAAGCAGCAGCAGCAACACCAGCGACUGCAGAAAAAAAACAAAAGUAAUUGAGCAGAAAGAGGACAGAGACCCCAGAAAUCGCACAAAAUGGUGUCGCGUCGAAAAAUUCUAUCACGUUCCCGCGACGAUCUUAAUCUCGACCAGACGUUCGCCCAGCAGGAGGAGGAGGAGGAUAUCUGGUUCCAGAAGGAUAAGCUAUACAAGGAGCACAUCCAGGAAGUGCUGGACAAAUGGACCCAAAUCGACGACGAGAUCUGGGCCAAAGUGAUCGUCUUCGAGCGGAAUCGGCGCGUGGCCAAGGCGUACGCACGCGCUCCAGUGCUGACCAUUAAUGGAUCCGACGAUGGCUUCGACGGCAUGCGAAUUGGACUGUGUGGCUUCGACAAUCCGAUGAGGGAUCAGAAGACCGACGAGAUGAAGCGCGUCAUCGGACAGGGUGUAAAAAUCAAAAUGGAUGACGCUGGGAACAUCCUCAUCCGGCGGUACGCCAAAAGCAAUGUCUACGUGAAGAGCACCGCCAGCAGUCCCAACGAGGAGACCUCCAUCGGUGCCGAGAUCUUAAAGCUGCCCAAUCAGGCGCUCGAAUCCGAAAAAAUAGUCAAGCUCUUCGACAUGAAGAAGUUCCAGUCGAACGUGAAUCGCGAACUGCGACGCGCCUAUCCGGAUCGCCGCCGUUUGGAGACGCAGUGCCUCUCCUCGGUAGCGUUUGUCAAGUCGGAGAACGACGUCUUGGAGUGCCCCAUCUGGGUGCUCAUCGUCAACGUGGUGGCCAUGGAUAUGCUGAAGAGCAAACUGCCGCCAGUGCAACGUCCCAUUGUGGACAUCAAGAACCGCCCGCGCAUUCCGAUUCCCGACGAGGAUCCCUACAGCGUCGCGGGCAACGGAAGCGGAGGAAGCUCCGGCAGCUCUGGUUUCGGCAGUGGCCACCAGGCGCAACUGCAUCCACAGCAACAGCUGGGCAAGCACCUCAAUGGCAACGGAGGAGGACAUGUGGCCGCCACGCGGGAGCAGCUGCUGCUCCAGACGCAACAACUGGCCCACAAGCGCAGCGAGAAACCUCCAAAACUACCGCCCAGGGAUAACAUCUACUCGCACGAUCUGAUUCCAAAGCCGGACUACGAUGACAUCGAUUUGGAAACCCGUAUAAAACUGUCGCGCGGUAAAUCGGACAAGGGCAAAGAUAACAAGAAAUAUGAUGAUCCCUACUACUGCGGCCUGCGGGCCCGAGUUCCGAACUUUGUGAAGUCCGGCAAGCCGAUCCCCGCCCAGGUGGCCAAGGAUCAGCGGGAUGGCAAUGGGAACAACAUCGGGAACGGCGGCAUCAGCACGCUCAGCCAGAAAAAAACGUCGAUGAUCCACAACCACCUGGGUGGCAUGCAUCCGCACCACAUUCAGCAGCAGCAGCAACAACUGAUGGCCGCGGCGGCGGCUGCGCAUGCGGCACAGCACCACCAUGCGGGUCACCAGCGGGAGCAGCAGCAGCACCACCAGAUUUGGCAGACUCGCAGCUAUGAGAGCGGCAUAGGUAUUUAUAAACAGGGUGGGCCCACCACCGCCCACCAAUCACACAAAUCGCACGCACUGCAGAUGCAAAUGCAUCAGCAACUGCAACUGCAACUGCAACAUCAACAACAGCAACAACCACAGUCACUGCCAACGGACCUAACAGCAACCACUGCAACAGCAACCACCAAGACACAAAGCACAGCUAACCAAGCACGUAGCCACCAGCCACAUCCGCAUCUGCAUUCGCACUCGAAUCCGCACGCACAUCCGCACCACAGACUCCACCGGCAUGUCCACGUCCGCUGCGAGAGGCACGCCCACUUGCAGCAGCAACACUCUGCACCGCAGCAACAAGUGCUGCCGCAGCCGCAACAGCAGCAACAUGUGCUGCAGCAACCGUACUACGACAAUUUGGAGGACUCUGUGGCUCGCCGGGUGACAAGGCGCCACUCCACCCGUCGUUCAGCGCCGGAGGAGACCUCCGCCUGCAACUGCGUGAGCUGCUAUGCGCUGGCUCCCCUCUGUGGUGCAGUUCCUCCGCCACGACCGCAAAGGAGCCUGAGUCAGCAGCAGUUGAGGCGUCACCAGCGGCUAAGUGGAAGCCUGGUGGAGCAGGAGGUCCGGCCGGCAGUGGUAAAGUGGUGCAGCGAGAGCGAUGUCUCGGUGCUGGAGCUGGAACCUACGGAAUCUACGGAACCUACAAACGAACGCUACGACGACUGCUACGACUACGACGACUUCGACAUGGCAUUCGACCUGGACGAUGACCUGGGCUUGACCGAGAACAUACCACGCCGCAAGGGCACCGAAACCGUUGACAUGUACAUGGAUCGCUCCCAUCUCCGCCAGCUGCCGGCGCCGGCAGUGCUGCGCACCAAGUCGCAGUCCACCGAGAGCUUUUUCGAGCAGCCCAACGAGGAGGGCUCACUGUACAUGUACGGCGGCAGGAAGCGGAUCGCGGUUAAGGCGCCGUCGGCGACUAACAUCUAUGACCGCGUGCGCGGCUCCAUCGACUACACGGACAGGGGACGCAGUGCGGCAGGACCAAGAAGGGGCCAGUGCCACAAGAAGCCCCAGCUGCCAGCGCCCAGUUGGCGAGGCGGCAAGCGACAGGAGCAGGCUCAAAACGCUGACAAAAGACAAAGAUAUGACAAUGCCACCAAUGGCAACAGCAAUGGCAACGGCAACAACAGCGGCAACUGCAACAGCAGCAGCAACCAGCACAAAAGACAGCUAACGAACGCCAAGCAAGACAAUGAGGACAUGUUGAAAAGCAAAAAUUAUUUCAAUAGUAAAAACAAAAGUAUAGCAGCAGCAGCAGCAGCAGCAGCUAAUGCAGCAGCAGCAACAACGGCAGCAGCAGCGAAAGCGACAGCAGCAUCAGCCAACAUUGCAGCAACAUCUGGAGGCGGUGGAGUGGAUGCGGGGACGGGAGCGGGUUCGGGAGCAGGCGCAACAGGAGUUGCUGGGGGAAAGACCAGAGGAGGCAGUGGGCCAACAAUGUCCCCAGCACUGGCCACCAGCCCAGCGGCAAACAAUGCAACUGCGGCCAGUAAGGCACCUUCUGCUCCGCCUCCGACGGCCACCAGAGCCGGACGCAGUGCCAGCCGCCUUGACAUCAGCGACAUGGAGUCCAUUUAUGGCUACCUAAAGCCCCGCAAGCCGCGCAGCCUCAGCCUGAAGAAAAUCCAAAUACUCGACUACUAAACGGACACGUGAA